AUGCCCGAUCCAAAUGUAUUCCACAUCCUCCUUGCAAUUUUUGUCUGUCCGGUGAGAUGUUGGGAAAAAUACGAAAGGUCGAUGGAAGCGCCGUCAGCGGAGCAAGAAGUCUUUAAAUUUGACUUUAAUGUAGCGCCCACAUUGUCGAUGAGUGUGGAGAGAGAUUACAAAAAGUUGUUUGUGGUCGAUUACAACCCGGAUACUGUAAGCUUAUUGAUCAUAUUACAUAAUCUAAUGUGCCUCAUUUUCAGUUGAUCUGGGAAGAACGAGAUAACAAUCAGCUCGCCGCAUGCCUGGCCAAGUUCAACCUGUCCAAAGGGCUGAACCCUCGGAAUCAAACUUUUUUCAAACAUCGUGAUGAAUUCGAUACCCUCGAGCAGUUUAACGGACAGCAUGUUCGCCUUCACGCAGUCAAUGGCAAAUCGUAAUUUCUUUGUUUUCUGUUAAUAAUAGCACACUUAAAAAGUCAAAUUUUGACGACAAUAUCCCCUCAGCAAUUUACAUAUUCUCUGUUUAGGCCUGGCCCAUUAUUGAUGACAAAUUAUGGUUCGGUGAUGACGAUCAGAGUGACCAACAGUAUUCUGCUCGACGGACUGACAAUGAGAGUUUACGGGCUAGAUACUGAGUGGUUCAACGAUGGGGUUCCUUAUCUCCAGCAAUGCCCCAUACCUCCAAAAAGUGUUUUCACGUACAGAUAUGAAAUUAAUCGGCAAGGAACACAUAUCUACAGGUAAAGAACCUACUUUUCUUUAACAACUAACAAUAACUCAUUUAUCAUUUCUUUUGUUGCUCUGAUUAUGCAUUGUAACACUACGUAAAACGCGAUUUCAGAUCCACUCAGCCUCAUUUCCGACCAGACGGAUUCUCCGGCCUUAUGGUCUCAAAGAAACCCGAAGAAAUGCUGGCAACUCCAGCCGGUGGACGAGUGAAUAUAUCGACGGAGUACCAACUAGCAAUUCAAGACUGGCCGUUCGUCGAAGCGAGUCAACAACGGCAAUCCGGUCUCUCUCAUGGCCUCUCUAAAUGGGGACAUGGCCUAGACAGAGAGGAUAAACAGUGUGCGAGGCCUGGAGUUUACCACAAUCAAACUGUCCAAGCGUCAGUAGCUCCAUUUUCUAUCUUGAUUAAUAGCAAAGGGUGGUAUAAUCAAAAAGAUAUCCUAACCAGGCCUUCGAGGAUACCAUUAACGACAUUCACGAUUACAAAAGGUUAGAAUUUGAACUUUUAUGCGAUUUGGAUGACUUUCCUUUUUACUUAUGGCUGUUUUAGACGGGUAUCAUCUCUUUCGAGUCGGCCAUUUAGGCUUUGAAAGGGCCUUGAAGAUCUCCGUUGAAGACCACGAAAUAGUUCUGGUCAUUGUUGAUGGAGCCCAUAUCAAGCCAGCAGUUGCUCAAUCACUUGUAGUUAUGCCAGGAGACGUCUUCAACUUUUAUAUUCACGGUAAAAGCGACCCAGAAAAAAAGAUUUACCGGAUGAUUGUGGAGACACUGCAUGCGUAUUCGUACGGGGAAACACGGCAGCCGAUUUAUGGGCUGGCUAACAUCGAAUAUACGGAUGUUGAAGACAAAGGGCAAGACCUGGAUCAAGGUAGGGCCUUUAAGUUUUUUGCAUGGAACCUGAAUGUUUAUAAGGCAGAAUGUGAAAUUGGUAUUUUUAGUUGACUUCUCCCAUAACCGCUGCAAGAAACAAGUUUGCGUCGUUCUCAACUGCCCAUCCAACCCAUUAUAUUCCAAAGGGAACUACCGUUGUAUCAAGGCCGAUGAAUUCCAAGACCCGGAUCCAAACGAUGACUCUGAUAUGCUCCAAACAAGAUCUUAUUCUUCUUCUGAGUACGAGGAACACUUUAUCUCAAUGAAUGCCUUGACUGGAGUGGAUGGUUACAGUUACAUUCCGCCAAAAUCAAUUCCGUAUUUUAAUGAGGAUAUUGAGUCAUGUUCCGAUUUCUUGUGCAACAAGAAGAACGUAGCGUUGGGCAAAUCACAAUGCAAAUGCUUUCAUUACAAGAAAUUGGGAUACAAUAAGAUGAUUCAGGUAAGAAAUCUCACGAUAUUGGUUUGCGUGAAGUCCUUUCGUAACAUGUAUAUAUAUUUUAGCUAACACUAUACAAUAUGGGGCCUUCUGGACCAAGAAAUGUUGGUCUGGCUAUGCCGGUUCAUAUCCCCAGCACUCACGUGUACGUUCUUAAAAUGGGCUUCCCAACAUACCACGCCAAUCAAACCGUCAAAGACUUCAAUUUUGAUUUGAUUUGUGACCAGAAGCAGGUAAGUAGAGGAGAUUUCGCAUGGAAGGCUUGUUUCAAAAUCACUUUCAGUUAGGUUGUUUUGAUGCGACGUGGCGUAAUUCAACCUGGAUGAAUGGAAAUCUUCCGUUUGAGAAUAGAGAGCCAAGUUAUGUCACCAACGUCCUCGUGCCUUAUGGCGGAUAUACAGUCAUACGAUUUAGAAGCAAAAAAGCCGGCUGGUAUUUAGUUGAAAGUAUGAGAUUGUCUGAGAGAGAAAAUGGAGUAGCCUUUGCGAUAAAAAUUGGAGAAAAGGAGGACAUGCCAGCGCCUCCGGAAGAUUUUCCAAAGGACUGCGGCGACUUCGAAGCUCCACCGGUAGGUUGAAGAUGUGAGAGUUGUCAUGGUCUCUUUGCUUUCAGAUCCCGACAUUCGUUCGAGAAAAUUUAGCAAAAGGAGCCGUGCCUUCGAUGUGA